CCUAUAUACAUACGCACACUCACUCACAGCAUCAAAAGCCCACAAACACAAAGCAAAAAUCACUCAUAAAAGAACAUUAUUCAACCAUUCCUCCUACUCCCACUUCUCCUAUUGAUAUGGCUCAAAGCACAUCUCUGACCCUCUCUCUCUCUUUUAUCUUUAUUUGACUAGAAUGAGCGCAUUCUUGGAACUCUUCUUCUCGGGAGAAGAUGGCUUCUCAUCAUCAACACAAACCUCAGUUCUUCUUUGAUGCUUUGUACUGUGAGGAAGAGCAUUGGGAUAACGGGGAAAUCGUACAUGAAACUCUAAACUGUUUGAUAGAAGGAGAAGGGGAUAGCUCUUCAGACCAUAAACCUUCUCUGGAAUUCUUGGGACAGGACUUGUUGUGGGAAGAUGAAGAGCUGAGCUCUUUGCUGAACAAAGAGCAGGAAAAUGAACUGUACGAUGGGCUUCAGGAGAGCCCAUCUUUGGCUAUGGCAAGGAGUGAGGCAGUGGAGUGGAUGCUUAAGGUCACUGGACACUACUCUUUUUCUGCUCUCACUGCGGUUCUUGCAGUUAACUAUUUGGAUAGGUUUCUCCACAGCUUCCAGUCCCACAGAGAGAAGCCAUGGAUGACUCAACUAGCUGCUGUUGCUUGUCUUUCUUUGGCUGCUAAAGUUGAGGAGACACAAGUGCCUCUUCUUUUAGACCUGCAAGUGGAGUCGUCAAAGUAUGUUUUUGAGUCCAAAACCAUACAAAGAAUGGAAAUUUUGAUUCUAUCCACACUUCAAUGGAGGAUGAAUCCAGUCACCGCGCUUUCUUUUCUUGAUUACAUUGCAAGGAGGCUAGGAUUGAAGAGCCAUCUCUGCAGGGAGUUUCUUAGGAGAUGCGAGUGCCUACUUCUGUCUCUUGUUUCUGAUUACAGAUUCAUGUCCUAUCUGCCUUCUGCAUUGGCCACUGCUACAAUGCUGUAUGUUAUUAGCAGCCUAGAGCCCUGCAUUGGAGUGCAAUAUCAAGAUCAGCUAGUGGGCAUUCUUGGAGUCAACAAGGACAAAGUGGAGGAUUGCUGUAGGCUAAUACAAGAAGUGGCCACAAGUGUUGACUUCCACUCAAGUAACAAAAGGAAGAUGGGGUCAGUAGUAGUCCCCGGGAGCCCCAAAGGAGUGAUGGAUGUGUGUUUCAGCUCUGAUAGCUCCUCAUCCUGUGAUUCAUGGGCAGUGAGCAGCUCAGUUGCUUCAUCAGUUUCCUCCUCACCAGCAGAGCCUUUGUCCAAGAAAAUGAAGCCUCAGACGACUCAGAGUCCAAAGAAUGCAAUUUUCUGAUAAUAUUCCAAUCUCCUAGAGCCCUUUUGUUUCCUUUUGUAUUUUAUAGGUCAAUUUUAUUUUAUAUAUAUGUUGGAAUAACAUUUGUAUGAAUAUUCUAAUUUGAAAUGCCUACCAUCUUUGCAUUUCAUCAUUUCAUAGUAAGAGUAUCAUAUAUGGACCA